CAACUAGUAUCGAAAGACACAUUCUACUAAAAAUUAACAAAGUGUUGUAAUUUGUGAGUGUGAUUGGAUGCAACCUUUGCCAUCAUUAUUCGUUAAUUGGUGCUUAGGUGGGUGUUUGGGAUCAAGAAGAGAAAAAACCCUCAGGAGGAUAAGAUUCACAUUGCAGUGAAAACCAUACGUAACGCGCCUGUAAACUUGAAACCCUAAAAGCGACGAUUUGCAACAGCGCUCUCUCUCUCUCUACGCGUUUCGGACUGAAUCGAGGCUUUUUGAAAGAGUCUGUGGCGAUACAUGGGAGUAUAGAUUCAGUAGGAACAGUCCAAUUGGGAAAAAUUAACGAUGGAGAAAUUGAAAUCCUUGUAAAUAUUUAGGUACAGAAAAAUGUGGAUUUGCUGGGUGGUCCUGUAAAAUAUAUUUAGAUACAGACAGAGAAAGGUGUUUUUGCUGGGUGAUCUUCGAUUAUCACCACUGGUUUGGUAUUGGAUUUGCAGCCUCUGUACGUUUUCUAGUUUAGGAGGUGCUUUUCAGUUUAAAGAUCCGUGAUGGAUGUUGUAAAUGAUUUGCAUAUGGGGCCUCCAGCAACAACCAAUUUGGGAGGUUCCACUAGUACAGAUGAUGUAAAUUCAUCGCAGAAGCAGAAAAUAGUGAGAAAGAAGACACAAGGUAAAUCUGUUGAGUGUGAAGGUCCUGAUUUUUCACUGGAUAAGUCUUCACCGAAGACAGAUGCUACUAUAAAGCACCCAUUACAUGAGUCCCCUGCUUUACCUAAUUUCUUAAGUUGCCAAAUAAUUGUAGAAUAUUCAACAGAGAAUGAAAAGAGCAAACGGCAGAAGACAACACAUAAUGCUAUUGAAGGCAAUGUUAAUGGUUGCGGCACUCCUGAGGGUAUUUUUUCACCAAAAGCUUCCACACCUGCAUUGGAUAUGCCUUCAGAACAUCCCAUUCAAUGUUUUUCCAAUGAUCUAAUAACAAGUCAAUCUUGUGUGGAAGUGGGUAUUUGUCAGGGACAUAAUGAAGAAAAGAAGCAAAAUAUGAUCAAUACAACUGCAGAAAAUAGCAAUUCACAGCAAGGCAUUCCAGAAGAAAGCUGCAAUCACAUUUCAGUUGCAGCAAGUCAUGAGCCUUUUGCAAAAGAGUGUGUUUCAGAAGUUGUAAAAUUGAACACAGAGCAUGGUAUAAAUGAUAACAUUCCCAACCGUGAGGAUAAGAAUGAUUUUGAAAAGAAUACAAGUCUGGUGAAGAAAAAUGUUGAUGACUCACUGGAUUAUGGCUUGUGUGAUAAAAAUCUGUGUGUUAAAACGUAUGCAAGGAGAAAAAUGGUUAAUUCCAGUUGCUGGAGAAACAGUGGUUCCCCAAGUCCUGAAAAUUGUAACAAGGAACCAACUAUUCAGGAUCAUCAAAAGGAUGAUUCACACAAAUUUUCUGAUGGACCAUUGAGAGUGUGCUUGAUGGAUGGAGAAACAAAACUUUCAAUUGAUCAAGUUACCUCACAAAGUGGAGCUGCAGCUGAGGAAAUAAAGUUGAGCACUGACAACAUUAACGAGCAAAGAUUUAUGACUACAUCUUCUGCAGUAGACAUUCCUUCAGAGCAUCUCAAAACAGAUGGCAGACCACUAGAUCAUACUAAGAUUACAAGAAAUGAUCUGUGUUGUGCAGAUGAGGAAAUAGAGUUGAGCACUGACAACAUUAAGGAGCAAAGAUUUAUGGCUACCUCUUCUGCUGUAGACAUUCCUGUUGAGCAACUCAAAACAAGUUGUAGAAAGCUAGAUAAUACGGAGAUUACAAGAAAUGAUCUGUGUUGUGCAGGUGAUGUUUCUGAUUUAAGCUUAGACACAGUAAGAGACGGUCAUUUAAAGAUUUCACAAUUCUCACUAGACAGAAAUUUUGCUGGCAACCAAAAGAACAAACUUCUCAUCCUUGAUCUGAAUGGACUGCUUGCUGAUUUUGUCAGUAUCAGUGACACUGACACUCCUUUCCGAAGAUAUAGACGAGAACCAGAGCCAGAUUUUGUGCUUAGAGGGAAGAAAGUCUACAAGAGGCCCUUUUGUGACGAUUUUCUACAGUUUUGCUUUGACACAUUUCAUGUGGGAGUAUGGUCGUCUAGAUCCAAGAGCAAUGUUGAUGCAUCAAUCAAAUUUCUUAUGGGGAAAUCUGCAACCAAACUGCUCUUUUGUUGGAAUCAGUCCCACUGUACUAAAACAAAGUUUAGUACUGUUGAGAAUAUAGACAAGCCACUUGUGUUGAAGGAAAUAAGGAAGUUGUGGGAAAAGGCAGAACCUGAUCUACCAUGGGAGAAGGGAGAGUUUAAUGAGUCAAACACAUUGUUAUUGGAUGACUCGCCUUACAAGGCACUAAUGAAUCCUAGGCAUUCAGCAAUAUUUCCUUAUUCUUACCGGUACUACCACACCAGAGACUCAGAAUUAGGACGAGAAGGUGAUCUUCGGGUUUAUCUAAAAGGGCUGGCUAAGGCCGAGAAUGUGCAAAACUAUGUGUCAGAAAAUCCGUUUGGCCAACGGCCCAUAAGAGAAGCAAAUCCAUCUUGGGGUUACUAUCGUAGAGUUAUAGAAUCACUUCAAAGAAGCCAAAAUGAUGGGCCCUCAUUACCCAGGUAGGGAGAUAACUGCUUACAGAACAAUGCAUGAUGAAAACUGUUGAGAUGGUUCUCAUUCACAUUGUUUCAAGCAGUGCAUAUUUUGGCCACUCUGAUGAAUGAAUAAUAGCUGUUGAGUUUUGGUUGAUAAGGUGUCUGAAAUAGAUCAGUUUUGUAUAUUUGCUACUUAAGCCGACUAGCUGGGCAUAUAGUUCUACUGUAUUCUGUUCAUUAUUUUUCGGCCUUCAAGCGUGAUUGAUUUCACGUUGGAAACCGUUGACCACUGAACGCGAGUUUAGAGUUGGUCAAACUUGAUUUUGUCUUUUACUAUUAUGUUUUGCACUUCUCAUACUUGUAUUAACAGAAUAGACUAGAGUCUUAUUUGAAACUAUUUCCGGUAGCUUUUGAAUCCA